UGGAGACUACAUAAGGAGCACGAGCUCUAAUGGGCAAAUUGCCAAAGUCUGCCUACUAAAAUUGUGGGUAUUAAGCUUUUUUUUUCUACCACUGGCGUAGCUCAUGUUGUAUGUGUACCGCUCUGAAAAUAGCAUCAUAAAUAUACGUGAAGUAAGCAAGUAAAUAUUAACCUUUAAUUUGUACGUAAAUAAUAAAUAUUGGUAAAGCUAAAAAUUGACAAAAUAGAAAUUUUAAAAAAUCAAAAAUGGGUAGAGUUUGUGCUGUUAAAAAUUGCAAUAGUGGGAGUGCAGCUGAUAUAAAAAGACGACGUGAAUUGAAUUUAAAAAAAUCAACGUUUUUCAAAGUGCCCAAGAGUCCAACAAAGCGUCAAAAAUGGAUAGACUCUUUAUCCACAGAAUUAAGUACUCACCAAUAUGUUUGCGAUUUGCAUUUUCAAAAUAAUGAAAUUAAAGACUGUUAUAUCACACAUUUACCAAGUGGAGAAAUAAAUCUGCUCAGUAAAGGUCGAAUAACACUCACCCCAGGAUCAGUACCUUUGAUAGUGAAUGAGACACGAUCUCCCAUGGUUGAAGACUGUGGAAAACAAGUUGAUUCAAUUGACAUGUCUGCUGAUUUUGAAUUACAUUAUCAAGAAGAUCAGCAGCAACAGCGACAGCAGCAAACAAUUGUGCAUCUUAUUUCGGGAAAAUCUUCGAAUGACUUGUCAAAAGAUUAUGAAUUACUUUUAGAACAUGAACAUGAACAAGUGCAGCAUCAGCAGGAGCAACAGCCACAGCAACAACAAGAAAUCGGAAAACACCCGGAAAAAUCUUUAAAUGGCUUGUUAGGAAAUACUAAGAUACUGGGAGAACAUAAACAAGAACAGCAGCAACAAGAAUUUGAAUUACAAUUUUCUAACGAUGAAAUGAGUAUAGAAACCAUAAGGCAACCAAAAUUAUUAAGUAAUGACAAUGAUCAGGUUGAUAAAAAUCUUACACAGUGUAGAUUAGCUGUAAAGAGAAGAUUGAGUUAUCCUGACGAUAAUGUAACAAUCAAGCGUCAGAAAAAGUUUGAGCAUGAGAUAGAUUGUAACCAUCAAAUAAACCUUAGUAAUGAUGCGGAAGUUCUGAGUAUUAUCGUUGCAUUGAACAAACAAUUUCCAAUUGCUUGGACCUUUGUUCCUGGCAUUAAUCAACUGAUCGCCAUUCAAUUUGAUCGUGUCAAAUUAAAAGAGCGAGUAAGACUAAUAAUAAAUGAUGAUCAGUCUGUCUUGGUCACAUAUUCAGAGCACUAUAAAAAAAAAUUGACUCACAAAUAA